GCAGCCUGGCGGCGUGCGCCGCUCCCAGGGGAAGGGCUGGGGGCCGGCUGGGGGCCGGUGGGUGUGACCCGCUCUCCCCUCCGCCGCCGCGGUCCGCCCCGCUCACACGGUGCCCGAGCCGCAGAGCGAGCAGCAGCAGCGUCGCGUCUCCGCCGCCCGCCCCGCCAUGCCCAACUUCGCCGGCACCUGGAAGAUGAGGAGCAGCGAGAAUUUCGACGAGCUCCUGAAAGCGCUGGGUGUCAACGCCAUGCUCAGGAAGGUGGCGGUGGCGGCCGCCUCCAAACCCCACGUGGAGAUCCGCCAGGACGGGGACCAGUUCUACAUCAAAACUUCCACCACUGUCCGCACCACAGAGAUCAACUUCAAAAUCGGGGAGAGCUUCGAGGAGGAGACGGUGGAUGGCCGAAAAUGCAGGAGUUUGGCAACUUGGGAGAAUGAAAACAAGAUCUAUUGCAAACAAACUCUUAUUGAUGGAGAUGGUCCUAAAACGUACUGGACUCGAGAAUUAGCUAAUGAUGAGCUCAUUUUGACCUUUGGUGCUGAUGAUGUUGUGUGCACAAGAAUUUAUGUAAGAGAGUAAAAACAUCCAUUUGCUUGUCGCCUGGGAUGAAGUGGAGAGCUGUGGAAAGCCCCAGUAGAAUGAGUAUUUGUGUGUGCUGUUACUAAUGCGGUGUUGUAUGUGACCGUGUGUGUUAUAUCUGAAUCCUUAUCCUGUUAUGUGUAUUUUCCUUUACGUUUCAUCACAGAUGUUACUCCUUUCUCACUUUUAUGCAGUCAUUUUUUUAGUGUGUGUCUGCUUUGUAUUCUGUAGUUGUCAUUUGCAGUGGUUUUACCAAUUAUUAAACUUAUUGGGCACAACUCACA